AUGUACGGACAGAGCGAGGUAGAAUCCGACUACGCUUUGUUGGAGUCGAUACGACGUCACUUGCUAGGAGGAGAGGCCGAGUUGCGGUUCGCUGAGUCAAUACCGAGUUCUUGUUUCACAGAGAGCUGGGGAGACUUGCCGUUGAAAGAGAACGAUUCCGAAGAUAUGUUAGUCUACGGACUCCUUAACGACCCCUAUGACACGUCAUCGCCGUCGUCCGACUUGAGUUGUAUCACCGAAUUUGUAGACUUAGAAACGUCGUCGAAGCGCCCUAGCGAUUCUCCGGUGGCUAAAGCCGAACCGGCGGAGAGCUUCGCAGCGGCAACGGUGGAGAAACAGAAGGCGGCGACGGCGAAGGGGAAGCAUUACAGAGGGGUGAGACAGAGGCCGUGGGGGAAAUUCGCGGCGGAGAUUCGAGAUCCGGCGAAAAACGGAGCGAGGGUUUGGUUAGGGACGUUUGAGACGGCGGAGGACGCGGCGUUUGCUUACGAUAGAGCUGCUUUUAGGAUGCGUGGUUCCCGCGCUUUGUUGAAUUUCCCGUUGAGAGUUAAUUCCGGUGAGCCUGAUCCGGUGAGGAUCACGUCAAAGAGGUCUUAUACUUCGUCUUCAUCGUCUUCGUCAGAAAACAGGAAGCUGAAACGGAGGAGAAAAACAGAGAACGUACCGUCCGAGUUCCAGGUGAAAUGCGAGGUUGUGUAAGAGACACGUGUCAGUUACUUGUUGGUUUCGAAGCUU